CGUCAUUGUUUCCACCGUUGGCAUUGGUGUUCUUUUCUUCAUCUUCUUCCCGACCAUGAAGUACAUCCAUCAGAAACGUGAUGGCCAAUAUCCAAUCAAGUGUCCUUUGAUAUAUCCAGGAAUGUAUCCCUGGGAUACAUCAGAAUACGGUAUUGCGUACCAGUUGCACUUGAUCUCCGAAAUUCUCGCCUCAGAGAAGGAAAACAUCAGAGUUGUCAUAAAGGAAUGUAUACAGCAAUAUGAAAUUCUACUCAAGUGUCGAGACUUGAUUAACGGCAUAUUCGGUCCAGUUAUUUUCUGGAUGAUGGGAACAAAUGCCAUUGUCCUGUGUGCCCUGAUUUUUCAGCUGAGUCAAAUGUGGGGCCUAUCUACAAUACAAAUAAUUUCUAUUGUAAAUUAUCUUAUCAUGAAACUGACGCAGACCUACCUGUAUACCUGGUCUGGGACAUACCUCAUCACUCAAAGUGAAAAAUAUCGUCAGGCCAUCUACCACAUAGACUGGUUGCGAGAGAGAUCAAUCAUGCCUUGGAUCGUCAUUAUGCUGAGUCAAAGAUCAUUCUACAUCAAAGCCUUCGGAUUUAUCAUAUCCAUGGAUGUCUUCGUCAUGAUUUUCAAAACAGCAAUCUCUUACUUUGGUCUUCUCAAAACUAUGGAACAGCGGGUUUGAUCUAAAUUCAG